AGAAGACUGCUAAUUUCCAAACUUCAAGAUGAAUUUGAAAACCGCGCCAGAAAUGUUGAAAUCUAUGACAAAGAUGACGCCCCUCUGUCCUCGGAGGAGGAGGAGCAGCGCUCCAUCGCCAAGCUCAAGAUGCUCGGCAACAUCAAAUUCAUCAGUGAACUGGGCAAGCUGGACCUCAUCCACGAGUCCAUCCUGCACAGGUGCAUCAAGACGCUCCUGGAGAAGAAGAAGAGGGUCCAGCUCAAGGACAUGGGGGAGGAUCUGGAGUGCCUCUGCCAGAUAAUGAGAACCGUCGGGCCGAGACUCGACCACGAGAGAGCCAGAUCUCUGAUGGGUCAGUACUUUGGCCGCAUGCGGUCCCUGAAGAACAACAAGGCGCUGCCGGCCAGGAUCCGCUUCCUGCUGCAGGACACCCUGGAGCUGCGGGAGAACCGCUGGGUCCCCCGCAAGGCCUUCAUCGACACGGGCCCCGAGACGCUGCAGCAGGUCCGCCAGGACGCCGCCAAGGACCUGGGUCUCUUCAUCCCAGCGCCCACGUCUCAGGGCGGGAGGACGGGCUUCUUCCUGGAGAACCCCUUCAUGCCCCACCGGCUGAGGCUGGAGGGCCUGGGAGGCCUGGCGGACAUGUUCGGACAGAUGCCAGGCGGUGGGAUUGGAACCGGGCCGGGGGUCAUUCAGGACCGGUACUCGCCCACGAUGGCACGCCACCGCACCAACCCGCUCUUCAACGGCCACGCCCCCCCACCACAGGCACAGUGCUUCGUCAAGUCUAACCAGGUUCAGAACCAGCACUUCCUCCACCAGAACCACAUGGCCCAGCAGCAGGUCCAGUCCAAGGACACGCCUCCACGAUUCGGCAAGAAGGGACUCCAUGCAGACGAGGUCCCUCAGAUCAGCCUCCGGCCCGCCCAGUCGUUCCUGCUCCUCAAGAACCAGAUGCCCAAGCUCCAGCCCCAGACCCCCCCCCUGAUGCCCCCCAGCACCCAGACCCCCCCCCCGGGACAGCCUCCGCAGCUCGGCCUGAAGACCAACCCUCCGCCCAUCCAAGAGAAACCUCAGAAGACCAGCAAGAAACCGCCUCCGUCCACAGAGGAGCUGCUCAGGACCGCUGAGACGAUGGUGACGGAGUACCUGACCAGUAAGAACCUGGCCGAGGCCGUGGGCGUGGCCAGGGAGAUGAAGGCGCCCUCGCACUUCCUGCCGGAGCUGCUGAGCAGGAUCAUGGUGUUGUCCCUGGACCGGCCCGGCGAGGACGAGGAGCACGCCAGCGCCCUGAUCCACGCGCUGCGCGCCGAGGGCCUCGUCUCCGGGGACGACUUCAUGCGGGCCUUGCUCUGCGUCCUGGACCGGUGCCCCGAGAUCGAGCCGUCCAUCCCGCUGGUCAAGUCCUACCUGGCCCAGUUCGCGGCCCGCGCCGUCAUCGCCGAGCUGGUGGGCGUGGCCGAGCUGGCCCGCCCGCUGGAGAACGGCACGCACUUCCCCCUCUUCCUGCUCUGCCUGCAGCAGGCGGCGCGGCUGAAGGACGGCGAGUGGCUGGCCGACCUCUUCGCGCAGAGCAAGGUCGACAUGCAGAAGAUGCUCCCGGAAAUGGACCAGAACAAGGAGCGCAUGCUGGAGAUCCUGGAGGGGAGGAGCCUGGGCUUCCUGUUCCCGCUGCUGAAGCUGGAGAAGCAGCUGCUGCAGCAGAUUCGGGCCGAGCCGGCGCCGCACGCCGUCUACAAGUGGAUCAAGGACAACGUCUCGCCCAAGCUGCACGCCGACAGAGGCUUCGUCAACAUCCUCGUGACCAGCUUCCUCCAGUUCAUCUCCCAGGAGCUGAGCGCGGCGGCGGAGGAGGAGGGGGAGGAGCCUCCCCCCCGAGAGCAGCAGGAGAAGCAGCUGCUGCUGGCCUUCAAGCCCGUCCUGCAGAAGUUCCUCCACGCCCACGCCGAGCUGCAGGUCAGCGCCCUCUACGCCCUGCAGGUGCACUGCCACGCCAGCGCCUUCCCCAAAGGCAUGCUGCUGCGCUACUUUGUGAACCUCUACGACAUGGAGAUCAUCGAAGAAGAGGCCUUCCUCGCAUGGAAAGAAGACGUCACGCAGGAGUUCCCGGGCAAAGGGAAGUCUCUCUUCCAGGUCAACCAGUGGCUCACCUGGCUGGAGACGGCGGAAGAGGAGGAGUCUGAGGAAGAAGCCGACUGAGCAACCACAAGCUCCGCCAUCCUCAUCCUCAUCCUCCUCCUUCUUCUUCUUCUUCUUCAAACGUUUAAAAAGAUGGAUUAAGGUGGAUUAUCGUUUGUUUAGUCGACAUUAUGCUUACAAAACUGUUUUUAAAUAAAAGUGCUCUACCUAGUCGCUGAUGAGCAUCUUCCCUUA